AUGGCCUCCUUCAAGAAGAUAAUGCUCAUUGGCAAAGGCCUAUUUGGGUCUGCUGUCCUUCCUGAGUUACUGAAGGGAGGAUACCAAGUGACUCUCCUCAGCCGCUCAGACAAGUCGGAUGACGACCUUCCGGCCAGUGUCCGCCGCAUCACUGCGGACUACAAUGACGCGGCAAGCCUGGAGAGCGCGUUGCAGGGACAGGAUGCAGUGGUAUCCACAGUCGCUAUCGAGGCAAUUUUUGGCCAGAAGUCGAUCAUCGACGCUGCGAUCAAGGCGGGUGUACGACGUUUCAUCCCCUCGGACUUCGGCAGCCUCACGACGGACCCGGCCGCCAGUCACCUCCCGCACCAUGUCGGCAUGGUCGAAAUCCAGAAGUACCUGAUGUCAAAGUCGGAUGAGAUUGAAUACACAAUCUUCAGCAUUGGAGCUUUUACCGACUUCCUCGUCAAUUCCGGCGUGGCCUUCGACUGGGAGCAAAAGACAGCUCAGCUCUGGGGAGACGGGACUAGCCGUAUCAGCACCACGAGCCUGAACGGAGCGGCACGAGCCAUUGUGGGUGCCCUCAAGAAUCCGGGACCGACCAAGAACAAGAAUCUGUUCGUGCAUGAGCUUGUUGUGACACAAGCACAGCUUUUGAGCCUUGCGAAGAAGCGCGCCCCGCAGGCAGAAUGGACCAUCACACACAUCAACGACCCUGUGGCCGAAUUCAACAAACUGGAAGCCCUUGUCAAAGAAAAGCCCGAAAUGCCCAAUAUCAUUGCUCUUGUCAAGGCUUCCCUCACGAGUGGCAUAUACAAAGCGUACUAUGAGAGAGUGGAUAAUAACCUUGUCGGCUUGCCACUUCUGAGUGAGAAGGAUCUUGAGGCCAGAUUCACGGAGGCCUAUGGCCACUAA